AUGACAGAUUUAUCCGAUAUGGUAUACUUAUGCCAAACAUCCAAUCGAGAUGUUGUAAGAGAGAAAUACGAAAUUGGAAAAGAAAUUGGGAGGGGACCAAAUUCUGUUAUGCGAGAAUGUAUCCAAAUUGGGACGAAAAAGUCAUACUCCAUGAAAACACUGCGCAAACAUGUAAUUGAUAGAGCAACAUCGAAGGAAGACAUGAGCCUUAUGUUGUUCUUGAGCCAUCCUAAUAUUAUUCGAUUAGAAGAAGUCUAUGAAACGGAAAAUGAUAUUCACUUUAUUUUGGACUGUAUCGAUGGCUGCGAUAUCUUUACUAGUAUCUCGCAAAAUCCCAAAUAUAGCGAAUAUUAUGCCUCAUCCAUCAUACGUCAAGUCUGUCAAGGAUUACGUUACUUACAUGAAUAUAAUAUUGUUCAUGGAAAUAUUAAGCCCGAGAAUUUAAUUGUCAAAAGUGAGAAAUCUGAACCAUCCGUUAAGAUAGCGGACCACUACUUACUAAGUGUGCUAACUACUAGAGUUAAAAUGAAUUACUUGUGUAAUUCCCAAACUUACUGUGCUCCAGAAGUAUUGACAGGAAAAAAAUAUGAUCAUAGUGUCGAUAUGUGGGCUGUAGGGAUUUUACUCUAUACAUUGCUCUGUGGAUAUGAUCCAUUUUAUGAUGAACGUGGCUCUAAAGAAACAUUUCGCAAAAUUUUGCAAGGCAGUUAUGAAUUUGACGAACCUUAUUGGAAAGGUGUUUCUCAAAGCGCAAAGGAAGUAGUGAUGAAAUUACUCCAAGUUAAUCCGAAAUCAAGACCAACUGCAGACCAAGUUUUGAAAAUGCCAUGGGUUAAGGGUAUAGCAGCAUCUAAUCGUACUCUAGUUCGAUGUCAUGCUGCUAUUUCUGCAUUUAUUGAAAAGAGAAAAUUGAAUCGAAAAUUAGUAGCAUUGUCGGGAGAGGCUCGUCAAUUGCAGGAGACGAUGUCGGCAGAUGUUGAUAGCAUAUUAAAAGCAGAAGAGGAAGCUAGAAAAUUAAUGGCAGAGAGUAUCAAUGACGUUCAAGCCGGUGGGCCGGUUAUUCUAACUCAGGCAAUGGAAAAUAUGGAAUCGUUGAAGCCGGAAGAUCCAAUGGCUAUUUCCAUGAAAUAUAACUACGUCCCAUCGAAUGUAUUCUACGGAAAGAAAGCUGAGAAAAAUGAUGAAAUCAAUUCUGAUCAUGCCCAAGGUGCACAGCCGACAGAGGAUGGAACUAAUGUAACCAACGAAGAGCCGCAAGAAGUCGGAGCAACUAAAGAGGAGGUAGCAGCUACUUUAAUUGCGAAUACCGUCUCCUAUAAAAUAUUUGCUAGCCUUGAGAGCGAUUUAAUACCUAAAAAGGAGGUUGAAAAUCACAACUCAGAAGCUAAUGGAGAUUAA